GCGGAGAAACGUGACACACCAGCCCGCUCGGAGGGGUUUCGGACAGAAGGGAAGGAGCCGCGCCGCGUCGUCCGCCUCCCAGCGCGCCGCGGGCACUUCUCCCGGGCCUCCCCGAACUCUCCCGCGACCUCUGCGCGCCCUCCGGCCGCUCUCCCCGCCCCGGCUCCGGACAACUUGAGGGGUGGGGUGCAAAGAAAGUUUGUGUCUGCUGCCGCCGCCUCCCGCCUCGGCCUAGGAGGCUCACCGCCCGCGCCCGUCUGCUCGGCCUUGCCCGGGACCGCGUCCUGCCCGAGACCGCCACCAUGAACAAGCUGUACAUCGGCAAUCUCAACGAGAGCGUGACCCCCGCGGACUUGGAGAAAGUGUUUGCGGAGCACAAGAUCUCCUACAGCGGCCAGUUCUUGGUCAAAUCCGGCUAUGCCUUCGUGGACUGCCCCGACGAGCACUGGGCGAUGAAGGCCAUCGAAACUUUCUCGGGGAAAGUGGAGCUGCAAGGAAAACGCCUAGAGAUUGAACACUCCGUUCCCAAAAAACAAAGGAGUCGAAAAAUACAGAUCCGAAAUAUUCCACCCCAGCUUCGAUGGGAAGUACUGGACAGCUUGCUGGCUCAGUAUGGUACAGUGGAGAACUGCGAGCAAGUGAACACGGAGAGUGAGACGGCAGUAGUCAAUGUCACCUAUUCCAACCGGGAACAGACCAGGCAAGCCAUCUUGAAGCUGAACGGCCACCAGCUAGAGAACCAUGCCUUGAAGGUCUCUUACAUUCCUGAUGAGCAGAUCACACAGGGUCCUGAGAAUGGGCGCCGAGGAGGCUUUGGCUCUCGGGGUCAGCCCCGCCAGGGCUCCCCUGUGGCAGCUGGGGCCCCAGCCAAACAGCAGCAAGUGGACAUCCCCCUGCGGCUCCUGGUGCCCACACAGUAUGUGGGCGCCAUCAUUGGCAAGGAGGGCGCCACCAUCCGCAAUAUCACAAAACAGACCCAGUCCAAGAUCGACGUACACAGGAAGGAGAAUGCAGGUGCUGCCGAGAAGGCCAUCAGUGUCCACUCGACCCCUGAGGGCUGCUCUUCUGCUUGUAAGAUGAUCCUGGAGAUUAUGCACAAGGAGGCCAAGGACACCAAAACGGCUGACGAGGUUCCCCUGAAGAUCCUGGCCCAUAAUAACUUUGUGGGGCGACUCAUUGGCAAGGAAGGGCGCAACCUGAAGAAGGUGGAGCAGGACACGGAGACAAAAAUCACCAUUUCCUCGCUGCAGGAUCUCACCCUCUAUAACCCUGAGAGGACCAUCACUGUGAAGGGCGCCAUCGAGAACUGCUGCAGGGCCGAGCAGGAGAUCAUGAAGAAAGUGCGGGAAGCCUAUGAGAAUGACGUGGCUGCCAUGAGCCUGCAGUCACAUCUCAUCCCUGGACUGAACUUGGCAGCUGUGGGUCUUUUUCCAGCCUCCUCCAGUGCAGUCCCACCACCUCCCAGCAGCGUCACUGGAGCUGCACCUUACAGCUCCUUUAUGCAGGCUCCAGAGCAGGAGAUGGUCCAGGUGUUCAUUCCCGCCCAGGCGGUGGGCGCCAUCAUCGGCAAGAAGGGGCAGCACAUUAAACAGCUCUCCCGCUUCGCCAGCGCCUCCAUCAAGAUUGCUCCUCCUGAAACUCCAGACUCCAAAGUUCGUAUGGUCAUCAUCACUGGACCCCCAGAAGCCCAAUUCAAGGCUCAGGGAAGAAUUUAUGGAAAACUCAAGGAGGAGAACUUCUUUGGUCCCAAGGAAGAAGUAAAGCUGGAGACCCAUAUCCGGGUACCAGCGUCAGCAGCCGGCCGGGUCAUUGGCAAAGGUGGCAAGACGGUGAACGAGCUGCAAAAUUUGACAGCAGCUGAAGUGGUGGUGCCAAGAGACCAGACCCCUGAUGAGAACGACCAGGUCAUCGUCAAGAUCAUUGGGCAUUUCUAUGCCAGCCAGAUGGCUCAGCGGAAGAUACGAGACAUCUUGGCCCAAGUCAAACAGCUGCACCAAAAGGGACAGAGUAACCAGGCCCAGGCCCGGAGGAAGUGACCAGCGCCUUCACGUCGACCCCCAUCGUGUCGGCUGAAGGACAACAGGCCGAAAUCGAGAGCAUGAUCUCCCCCGCAGGCCUGAGAAUGAGCGGGAAUCAGGGACACUUGGGCCGGGGUGUAGAUCAGGUUUGCCCACGUGCUUGAGAAAGUUGUUCCAGUGAGGAACCCUGAUCUCUCAGCCCCAAACACCCAACCAAUUGGCCCAACACUGCCCACCCCUGAGGGUGUCACCUUGGAAAUUCUAGCUCAGGGUGCUUUUAAACGUGGAUUGUUUUAAGUUCUCCAGGUCCCAUCGAGAGGGUUGGUCAGACCCCAGUGGGAAGAGAAAUAAAAUUUCCUUCAGGUUUUUAAAACAUGCAGAGGGGUGUUUUAAUCAAUCUCAAAGGAUGAUUUACUUCUUGACCCUAAAGCCCUUCCAGCCUUCUCCUCCUUGGUUUAUUGAUUAAAAUACCUCUA